AUGGCUCUGGGGGGCUGUGGAGACCAUGCCAGCUGGUUCUGCCUGCUACCCCAGCUCAGCCAGCUGGUCCUGCAGGCCAAUUCCAAACCCAUUCUUGGGAAACUCAGGGCAGUACCAGAACAGCUCCUGCCUCAAGUCUUGCAAUCUCGCCUUGCAGAUUUCUUCACAAACUGCCAGCCUGAGUCACGGUCUGUUAGUAGCUGUCUGAAGGAGAACUAUGCUGACUGCCUCCUCGCUUACUCGGGGCUCAUUGGCACUGUGAUGACACCAAACUACAUAGACUCAAACAGUCUCAGCGUUGCCCCAUGGUGUGACUGCAGCAACAGUGGUAAUGACAUAGAUGAAUGCCUGAAAUUUCUGAAUUUCUUCCAGGACAACAUAUGCCUUAAAAAUGCGAUUCAGGCCUUUGGCAAUGGUACUGAUGUGAAUGUCUGGCAGCCAAUCUUACCAGUACAGACCACUACAGCCACAACUACAACAGCUUCCAGACUUAAAAACACAGGUUCAGAGACCACCAACAAUGAAAUACCCUCCCACAAUGAUUCACCAGCAUGUGCAAACCUGCAGGCACAGAAGAAGCGAAAAUCCAAUGAAUCUGUAGAUACAGAACUCUGUCUUAAUGAGAAUGCUAUUGGGAAGGACAACACAGCAGGAGUCUCCACCAGUCACAUAUCUGCAGAGAAUUCACUCGCUCUUCCUACAAGCUUCAAUCUAAGCACACAGCUCACUCUGAUGACACUUGCACUCUCACUCUGUUUGUCCCUAAGCUCAUCAGUCGUCUUGUAGCCGCAUUACAAAAGGACGUGUUUAAAAAAAAAAAAAAAAAAAAGUCUGUUUGCUGUCCUCUGUUGUUUAUCUGGAAUUCCAGGUCUGGGAGCUAAGCUGAGGCACUCCUGCUAGAACAGUCUCAGUCAGCUGGAAUUUUACUUUUUUUCUCUCUAAAAAAAAGCUUCUUGUGAUAUUUAGAGGCUUUGUGAAAUACUUGGUGCAGUGCUACAUUCCAAACCCAAAAGGCUUUUGGGCAUGCAGUGUUUUAAAGAGACAGUGUGUAAAUUUGCCUGUAAACCAAUCUGGUUGGAUUAUUUUAAUAAUUAUUAUUUUAAUUCUGGCUUUUACCUGAGAAGGAAGAUGGCAGUUUUCUUAAGAUCCUGUUUCUCUCAUUGAAUGGUUUUGGUUUUCGAAUUGAUUGAACUUCAGACUAUCAAGGAUGCCAGGCUUUUGUCUAAUGGUGAAUGUUCUCCCAGAGAGUGGACUUUAUGAAACUUCUUCAUUUGAGAAAUCGCUACUGAUGUGAAACUCUUUCAGUGUGUUAGCAUUUUCCUCUUUAAAUGUUUACGUACUGUAAGUGAUUCUGCGUUCCCUGCUAAGAAGCCAUUAUAAUUCACAUGCAGGUAUAAUGUAUGUCUUUCAGUUAAAUCCUCAUAAAAAUAGAGUGUGGCAUAGAACCUUCUAACAGUACAUUUAUAUUUUAAUUAUAAUCAUCUAGCCUUAACGAGUGAAGAUUCUUUAAAUUAGCAAGAAGCAGCCAUUGUGAAAGCUUGAUAAAGUUACAUUUCUUUAAAUU